AUGAGGAUUACAGCAAUAUUAUGGGCGGCAAAGGCCCGCACCGCGACUCCCAUUCCGCGGCGGAUGCAGCGGGACCAGGUGAGAAAACUGUUGGGCCUCUCGGAUCAGCAAUGGCCCAUAUUCCUACGCAUCUCCCUAGCAGUCUGCCAAGACUAUGCAGGAGCCAAACUGAGCGACAUCAGUCCGCCCGAAAAAGAAGAAAUGAUGGACAGAAUAAGAUCUGUACUUCACCAAGAAGGGCUUCCACCCCUUGACGACGAAGCAAUCGAAUGGCGGAUAUCAAAAUGUCUACCCGAACUCCGAGUAAAGAAGCGAGAUAUCGAACACUGCCACAGCUGGGAGGCAACCACCGAGACAAAAUUCCCACGUCAGCUCCUGCGUGAGGCGGUGCUCGCGCAUAUCGACAAGAUACCUACUAAGAACUUGUGCUACUGGACGCAAAUCCCCCAAGACGUGCGUCAAGAUGUUGUGGAAGAAGCUAACCGUAGACUGGCUGAAAAGGGAAUGCCAGUGGUGGAUGAAGCAGCGCUGCUGUAUCGAUUAAGAAAGUAUAUGAAUCACUGGAUCAAGAGUGGAUUAGUACAAGAUACGAAAGAAAGCAGACGCCACAAUGAUAAGACGGAGUAA